AUGUCUGAAAUCCCAGCCAACGCUAACGUUUCCAUUUUCGCCAAGAACGAACAAAAAGCCAGAGAACUCAUUGGCCAAUUGGGUCUAAAGCAAGUUCCAGGUAUCUCUCGUGUCACUUUCAGAAAGAAGAACAACCAGAUCUAUGCUAUCGAAAAGCCAGAGGUUUUCAGAUCUCACGGUGGUAACUUUGUCGUUUUCGGUGAAGCCAAGAUCGACGACUUCCCACAAAGAUUGGCCAAGGCCCAACAAGAAGCUCAAACCGCUGGCCCAGGUGUCUCUACUGCCGGCGCUGACGCCAUCUCUAAGGACCCUCAAUCCAUCCAGGACGACAUGGUCGCCGCUGCCAGCGAGAAAAAGGUCUCGGAAGUCGCCGAUGACGACUCCGCUGCCGACGAGACUGGCUUGAACCAGGACGACAUCGAGUUGGUUAUGCAACAAGCCAACUGCGCUAGACCUAAGGCCGUCAAGGCCUUGCGCGACAACGACUCCGACAUUGUCAACGCCAUUAUGUCCUUGUCUUAA